CUAAAUUACUGACACUGCCCUCUGGUGUGAUGUCAAUUGCAUUACACCCCCCCCCUCACGUUUAUAUGUUGACAGUCCAGCGAUAAUGUCUGUUGGUGAUACUCACGAUGGAUACCCUCCUUUUCAACUCGACUCCUCCCGCUUCAACCAGGAGACAUUCACAGGACGGCUGUUACAUUUCCUGGACGUUAUUGACCCCAGAACUCUGUUGGUCAGUGAUAAGAAACUCCAGUCUUCCAUCCAGUUGUUAGAGCUCUACAGAAAGGGUCAGCUUCCUGACAAUGUCCCCAGCAAACAGUUGUGGGAGGCACAGAAGGUCAAACAGGCCAUCAUACAUCCUGAUACUGGUGAAAAAAUAUUCAUGCCUUUCCGAAUGUCAGGUUUUGUGCCAUUUGGGUCCCCAUUUGUUAUUGGAAUGCUGCUGCCAAAUCCAACCAUUGGUAAGACAAUCCUUUGGCAAUGGAUGAAUCAAAGCCACAACGCCUGUGUUAAUUAUGCCAACAGAAAUGCUACCAAGCCAACCCCAAUGAAACGGUUUAUAGUCGGGUACGUCGGAGCUGUUUCCACCGCCGUCUCCAUAGCUGUUGGCAUCAGUGUCCUCAUAGAAAAAGCGGAACGUUUUAGCCCUGCUACCAAAAUCUUUAUCAAAAGAUUUGUACCAUUUCCUGCUGUCGCGACUGCGAGUACUUGUAAUGUGGUUCUGAUGCGGAACAGUGAAAUACCACAAGGUAUUGAAGUAUUUGACAGCAACAACAAACCCCUUGGGUCAUCAGUUGUAGCAGCAAAAGUGGCCUUGUUCCAAACUGCCCUCACCAGAAUGUUUCUGCCGGCACCAAUCCUCAUCAUUCCACCAUUAAUUAUGUCGCUUCUAGAAAAGACCAAACUGCUGAGAACCUACCCGAAACUGCACCUACCAUUCAAUGCUACUGUGUGCACCUUGACGUUUGGUUGUGCUUUGCCUGUUGCAAUUGCGUUAUUUCCACAGACUUGCAAGAUCCGUGUUGAGAAAAUGGAAGCUGAGAUUCGUGGUUUAACAACAGAGGAGUAUGUCUACUGUAACAAGGGUUUGUGAGCGUUCGGCUCUAGUUUAGGGACUCGUGUGUAUAUAAGCAUAUACAUGUGUAGAUAUAGUUAUACUUAUAUAUAUAUGUACACACACACAUGCACGUACACACACAAUGUAGAUAUCGAAAAACAGCAUGUAUUCACAUUGCAUAUAAAAACAUGCCUGCAAACACACACACAUACAUAGGUGAACAAAAUUACACACACAGAUAUAUACACAUGUAUACACACACACACACAUAUGUCUACAUAAUACACACACAUAAACACAUACUCACACAC